AUGAUUGCUGAUUUCGAUCUGUCGAAUCAAGCCCCUGAUGCAGCAGCGCGUCUUCAUUCUACCCGUGUUCUUGGAACCUUUGGUUAUCAUGCUCCAGAAUAUGCAAUGACCGGAAACCUCUCUUCAAAGAGUGAUGUUUACAGUUUUGGAGUCAUACUGUUGGAACUCUUAACCGGGCGUAAACCUGUUGAUCAUACACUGCCCCGAGGAAAGCAAAGCCUUGUGACAUGGGCAGCACCGAGGCUUAGUGAAGAUAAGGUGAAGCAGUGUGUUGAUGUUAGACUAAAGGGAGAGUACCCUUCCAAAGCAGUUGCCAAGAUGGCUGCUGUUGCUGCACUCUGUGUUCAAUAUGAAGCCGAGUUUCGACCAAAUAUGAGCAUCAUCGUCAAAGCUUUACAGCCUCUAAUGAAUAAUACAUGUUCUGGCUUAUCUUUUUGGGGUAUUUCUCCAUUACCAAUUUAGUGGAAAUUUCUCUAGGUUAUGGCUGAAA